AUGAUCCCAAGACACAUGAUUUUCAAAAAUCCUGCACUAAGAAGUUUCUUGGUGCAAAGGAUUUAUAGAACUAUACUCAAAGAGCACAAAGUCUUUUUUGACCAGGUAGUUGUAAAUCACUUUAAAAGUUCCAUCAUCCCCAAAUUCAAAGAGUAAAAUUCAAGUAGAAUGAAGCACAACUAUCAGUAUCGUAGAAUCAGCCAUUUCAUUCAAACCACUCAAGAAUUAGCUGAAAACUUGAUAAUUUCUAAUAAAAAAUCAGAUGAGUUUAAAAGGGAUAUAAAGAAGUUGCUGGAAGUAGGGUACGGCAAAUCCAAUCUGUUUCCUGGCUCCAAAGAAAAAAUAGACAUGAUAAAACUAGGGCGCUUAGAGCCAUUUAUCCUCUCAGAAGAACAAAAAACUUAUAUCUCUGAGCAAUGCGUGAAAAACCCUUCCAUGAGUAUUUAUUAUAAAAUUGCGCUUAGCUAUCCUGCAAGACUCACAAAAGAAGAAGGAAUAGCUUUAAAAUCACCUGAAGAGUCUAAAUUACAAAUAAUAGAUUAA